GUGGAUUUAACUGGAGGCUACUAUGAUGCUGGAGACAAUGUGAAAUUUAACUUCCCAAUGGCCUUCACUACUACAAUGCUUUCAUGGGGUACCCUUGAAUAUGGGAACAAAAUGGGCCCCGAACUUCAAAAUGCACGGACUGCAAUUCGUUGGGCCACAGACUAUCUUCUGAAAUGUGCUAGAGCCACCCCUGGAAAACUCUACGUUGGUGUAGGUGACCCGAAUGUCGAUCACAAAUGCUGGGAGAGGCCUGAGGAUAUGGACACUGUCCGUACAGUAUACUCAGUGUCUCCAAGCAACCCUGGCUCAGAUGUUGCCGGUGAGACUGCUGCUGCGCUAGCGGCUGCGUCGAUUGUUUUUCGGAAAGCUGAUCCAGCAUACUCCAAGUUGCUAUUGAGCACUGCUAAGAAUGUUAUGCAAUUUGCAUUGCAAUAUCAGGGUGCUUAUAGUGAUUCACUUGGAUCAGCUGUUUGCCCUUUUUAUUGCUCAUAUUCUGGCUAUAAGGAUGAGCUGCUAUGGGGAGCAGCGUGGCUAUUCAUGGCAACAAAUCAAAAGCACUACUACGAUUUGUUGAAAUCCUUGGGAGAUGAUGACCAAUCAGACAUUUUCAGUUGGGACAAUAAGUAUGCUGGCGGUCAUGUCCUCCUAUCAAGGAGAGCUCUGCUCAACAAUGACAAAAAUUUUGAGCAGUAUAAAUUAGAAUCAGAAAAUUUCAUGUGCCGGAUUUUACCCAACUCUCCCUCUACUUCCACACAAUACACACGAGGAGGGCUUAUGUACAAGCUUCCUCAAAGUAACCUUCAAUAUGUAACAUCCAUAACAUUUUUGCUCACAACCUAUGCCAAGUACAUGAAAGCAACAAAGCAUACCUUCAACUGUGGCAAUCUCUUGGUCACCCCAAAUUCCCUCUUGAAUGUUGCAAAAAGACAGGUGGACUACAUACUAGGGGUGAACCCAUUACAAAUGUCAUAUAUGGUAGGAUUUGGGCCACAUUAUCCAAAGAGAAUUCACCACAGGGGAUCUUCAUUGCCAUCUCUAGCAAGCCACCCACUAGUUAUAGGUUGUGAUGGAGGUUUCCAGCCCUUUUUCUAUACAGCAAACCCUAACCCUAACAUCCUAACCGGAGCUAUAGUCGGUGGCCCAGACCAGAAUGAUGGAUUCCCAGAUGACCGAUCUGACUAUAGUCACUCAGAACCUGCAACAUAUAUCAAUGCUGCCAUUGUUGGUCCUUUGGCAUAUCUUGUUGGGAGCACUAGUAUUUAA